AUGUCGUAUCGUGGACCAAAUCAAUUUCAAAAUCAAUUUCCACAUCAACAAAUACCACCUCAUGCAAAUAUAGGACCAAUAUCAUCAACAAAAACACCAUAUGAACAAUUUGAAUUAUAUAGUAAAAAAAUAGAAGAUUUAAUUGAUGAAUAUUUUAAACAUUUAAAACCUUAUGUACCAGCUAUUGGUAGAGCAUUUUUAGUUGCUACUUUUUAUGAAGAUACUAUAAGAAUUUUUACUCAAUGGAAUGAACAAGUUUAUUAUUUACAUAAUUAUAGACAUUAUUGGAGAUGGUUAACUAUUGUUUUUUUAAUUAAUAAUAUGUUAAUUAUGUCGAUUGGUUCAACUUUAGUUAUAAUUAGAAAAAAAAUUAAUAUUGCUACUAUUGCAUUAAUUGUUGUUGUUAUUAUUCAAGGUAUUGCUUAUGGUUUAUUAUUUGAUACUCAAUUUAUAUUAAGAAAUUUAAGUGUUGUUGGUGGGUUGGUGUUGGCUUUUUCAGAUACUAUUAUAAGAGAUAAAAGAUCAUUAAAUAUGCCUGGUUUACCAAUGUUGGAUAAUCAAGAUAAUAAAAAAUAUUUCUUAUUAGCUGGUAGAUUAUUAUUAGUAUUAUUGUUUUUAGGAUUUGUUUUUUCAUCAGAUUGGUCAAUUGGUAGAUUAUUUAUUAUAUUAGUUGGAUUUGUAUCAUGUACUUCAAUAAUUGUUGGUUAUAAGACUAAAUUUUCAGCAGCAAUAAUGUUAACUUUAUUAUUUAUUUAUAAUUUAUUCACUAAUCAAUUUUGGUUAUAUGAUUCGAGAGAUGCAAGAAGAGAUUUCUUAAGAUAUGAAUUUUUCCAAGUAUUAUCUAUAGUUGGUGGAUUAUUAUUGGUUGUUAAUGCAGGUGCUGGUGAAUUUUCAAUUGACGAAAAAAAGAAAAUCUACUAG